UGUUCUUUAUGGGAGAUGAACUACUGUGUUUACACCUUGUGUGUUCUUCGUGGGAGACGAAAUACUGCGUUUAUAUAUUUUUAAGGAAGUAUUUCCUCCGGAAACAUGAGCAGUCAACUAAUUGUUCGUACUACCUAAAUCUUCCACCAUCACCUCAAAAACACUGGAAGGUCCCUUUGUUUCCCAGAAAACUACAUGUCCCACAAACCAUUGCGAGAAAUGACCCCGCCGAAGCGGCAGUAAAUGCUAAAAUGACUCUUUUAAACAUAUACAAAAUCUUAAGGCUAUCUUGCUAACAUGUUGUCCGUAUGUUAUUAACGCACCAGAGCCAAUGUGAACUUUACAUACACCUUUAAUGUAACCAUGCAACCCGUCACGUGACUACUAUUUUGGUUCCUGUCGAGACGCUCCAGUACUCAGUCCGCUGGUUCCUCGCCGCCAAAGCAGAGGUUAGAUAUUCCACCAUGACAUGCAGCAGACCACGAUGGACCCAGCCGAAGAGCCCCCGUCCAUGCUGUGGGGACUGGACCCGGUCUUCUCCGCAUUCGCCAGGCUGUAUGUCAGAGACAUCCUGGUGAUGACGGAGUCUACACAGGUGCCAGGUAUUUAUUUCUACAAACUGCAUCCGAUCUACAAAGUAGAUGUUCUCGGCACAGUGGUUUACAAAAGAGAAAGAGAUGACUUCUUCUGUUAUGGAGUGGAUGAUGGUACUGGUGUAAUAAACUGCCUCUGCUGGAAGAACGACCUGAUGAAGGAGGAGGAUCCUUCCCAAUCAGGAGCACAGCACGGUGACGUGGCUCCAGGAGGCUUCAACGUGGUCGCCGAACUGAAGAAGUUGAGACAGACUCAGCAGAGCCGCUGCCGCCUGGAGAUUGGAGAGCUGCUCCGAGUGAGAGGACCGGUGAAGACGUCGAGGCAACAGAGAGAAAUCAUGGCCUCCACCUUCUAUAAAGUAGACGACCCGGUGAUGGCGGCCCAGGUAGCGUGGAUGAUGGAGGUUCCUCGGCUCUACAGAGAGUGUUACGACAAACCGCUACAGCUUCAGCCUAAUGCAGCGGGUGACUCAUCCAUCAGCUCCAUCAGCAAGGCCACGAAUAUCAUCAAGGAUUUCUUUAAGCAGAAGUCGGUGACCAGAUUCAGACCCUGUGAUGUUCAGGACUUCCUGCAGCCUCUGAUCUCCUGCCAGCCUCAAACCGCAAGAGCAGACCAGGAGCCAGUGGCAGGUCCAUCGGCGUGCCAGCAGCUACGCCAGCUUCUGAAGGAGGCCCUGCAGAUUCUACAGGAUGAGGGAGUCGUGUACCGCAAGGUCAAAUCUCAGGAUGAAGUCUAUAAUGUGACGGCACAUGACACAGAUCUGCUCAUAGCUGUCAAAGACGUCAUCAGAGAGGACUCUCGGAGAGAAAAGUAUGCAGAGAAGGGCUGCCACGUCCUGCACAUCCUGUCUGCAGUCCGACAGCGCCACAGCCUCAACGUCAGCAAGGCCACACUGCAGCUGGUCCUCAAGUCCCUGGAGUGCAAUAGCGACAUCGUCAGCACCAGCGAAGACCAUUACACCGCGUUUUAGUGCCUAGAGUUACUCUAGAUACAAUGUGUAUCACAGCUUAUUGCUCCAAAAUGUGAGCGUCUAGACAUGACUGCUGCAUAAGGACAGAUGUACGGGAAGGUUUCAGGACGACGUUGUCAUUGUAAACAAUCAUGAUCGAACACACGUUAAAGUAAAUAAGCAAUAAAUAAAAAAGCGGGGCUGAGUUAACCCGCUAAAGAGGCACCUCGGGGCAAAAUGUAAGGUCUGCGCCAGGGCAGUUUAUUUUAUGCCAAAAUAGUUACCAUCUAUUAGGACUAUAUGUUUUUCAUACUGGUUUUGGUCACAGAUAGUUAUAUUCAGAACUAUAAAAAAAUAUUUAUUCAAGAACCAUACUCUCAAAAACCAAUAAACCAAUGCAUCAUGGAAAGAGGAGUUAGACCAUACGUUUUCUGUGAUCAGGUCAACAGCAGAGGUGAUUAAAUCCCUGCUGAAUAACGAUGCCACCUAAAUCACAACUGAACAUCUGACUGAUAAUUCAAGGACAAUGUUAAAGAGCUCUGAGCCUCAAAUAGCUUACUCAUGACCAACAGAAAAAGUUGCUUUUGUCAUCAAUUCAGCUAUUCAUCCUUGUAGAUGUACUUGAAAUCCAAAAGUUAGUUUUGAGCUGUACAAUAUCACCCCCUCUUUAGCCAGCUAGCAGGAUGUCUACACCGUUGCAGCAUUCAAAUAAACCAUCAAUCAU